AUUUCCUCUUCUAAAACAUCUCCGUCCCAAAUCAGGGUUUUGCUCACUUUCACCUUCUCCUCAUCUUUCCUACCUGAGAGCUCUGCUGAUAAACUAGAUUUCAAGUUCCCCAUUUGCCCUUCAAAUCUCAAAAAAUGACGACUGUUGUCCCUACUUCCGAAGAAGAUCCCACUCUCGCUGUCGUCCGUUUCACCGCCGAGAUGCCCUGGGCAGACGCUGGUCCCGAUGUAGCGGAGGGUCAGGUUAGUAGAUUGUGUGGGGCGCAGAAAUGUAUGGUACAGAACCGAUGGUUGGAUUUGGCCUCAUUGAUGCUAACCUCGGCCGAUUUAAUUUUCUCCAAAGCCUCAGAGAAAGAUCUUGAAUGCGUCUACACUGUUAUUUGUAACCUUGUCACAAAGCCCGAGAGCCUUGAGCAAGUUCAUGAGAUGGCAGAGCUUAUAUCCACAAAAGUUACCCUACAGCCAAAUGAUAAGCCUGCAUUUCGCUUAAAGAUUUUGUUUAACCUCUACAAUCUAUUGGAGAGCCCGUAUAGCCAGUACUUUGUGUACAUGAAGUCCCUUAAUUUGGCAGCAAAUGGAAAGGUCACUGAACAUGUUGUACCAUCAUUUAAAAAGAUGGACAACCUUUUGAGGGAGUGGAAUCUUGGAGUUAAGGAACAGAGAGAGCUCUUUCUUACAAUUGUUAAUAUUUUGAAGGAAAACAAGAGCUCUGCUAAAGAUUCUUUUAAAUGUUUGGUUAAGUAUCUGCUGACCUUUUCUGAUGAAGAAGCACUGACUAUGAAUGAAGCUAAGGAAGAAGCUUUCCGCACCAUUAUUGAAUUUGUAAAGGCUUCUGACAUGUUUCAGGUUGAUUUGCUAGAUUUGCCUGCUGUAGCGCAACUGGAGAAGGAUGCUAAAUAUGCAUCGGCGUAUCAGCUUCUAAAAAUUUUUUCGACUCAGAGGUUGGAUGCAUACUUGGAUUUCGAUGCAGCAAACUCUGCUUUAUUGCAGAGCUAUGGGCUUGUACAUGAAGAUUGCAUUGCAAAGAUGAGGCUGAUGUCAUUGGUAGAUCUUGGAUCAAACCAAUCUGGUCAAAUUCCUUAUUCCUUGAUCAGGGACACACUCCAGAUUGAAGACAAUGAGGUGGAACUGUGGGUUGUUAAGGCAAUUACAGCCAAGUUAAUUGUCUGUAAAAUUGAUCAAAUGAAUCAAGUAGUAGUUGUGAGUCAAUGCAAGGAGCGCGUAUUUGGGCAGAAUCAAUGGCAAGCACUUCGAACAAAACUUACGACUUGGAGGGAUAACAUUGGAAAUGUAAUAAGUACCAUUCAGGCUAACAAGAUUACUGAAGAUGCCCCACAAGCAGUGCAAGGAUCGACGCUUCACUGAGAUUUUUCACUUGAUCAACCAUUGAUUCGAGACCGAAUUGCAUUUGUCAUUGGUUCAUUCCAGGCUCUCGAAUCUUGGGACAAAGUCGAUUCGUACAUUCUCUAAAAUUUGUAGUCAUUCUUUUUCAUUUUCUCAUUUUCGACUAUGUUACAUGGAUGUCAUAUUAAGGCGCCAGAAUGCGACAAGUUUUGGAAAGGCGAAAGUGAAGUCGUCCUUUCAGCAAAAGCUUUAGCAUGUGAUCACGUCUUUUUUUCACUGUCCUUUUAAUCAACUAGCUCAUUGAUGGGCUCCUAAGGAGGGAUAGCCAUUAAUUUCUUAUCCGAAACUAUGAAUUUGUCUAUAAAUUUUCUUCGUCUUCUGUUAAAUAGAUCAAUAUUAGUUGAGAUUUCUCUGUAGAGAAACAUGAAUUUCCUUUACUUGAUGGUCGGCAUUCUAGCGAUCCUUGGUGAAACUGUCAAAACUGUCGAAUGUUUUAGCAGCGCGAAGUGCAAUGGUUCCGCGAUAGGUGACUGCGUUCUGAUAAAUGAGGAGUUUAUGAUGGAAUCAGAAAUAAGCAGAAGGAUUUUGGGUCAACAAUCCCAACCGAAUGUUUACAACUCUUUGAAUUCGAAACCCUUCUGCAGUAGAGAGAUAUACAAUAAUUGUAUUGGAGAACCGAACGCGCAAUUCCUAAAACGCCCUUGUGACUACAAUAAUGCCUGCAAUAGGCCUGGAAAGUGAUUAAGGAUUAAUCAAUUGCUUUGCUUCUUCGAAAGAAAGAAACUGGCUUAUCUUUUACUUUUAAGCUAAGCCAAACAUGAUCAGUGUUCCCGUUUGUUGCCCUUUAUAAAUGUAUGUAUUAUGCGAAUAAUUAAUGUCAUGUGUACGUAUUCUGUUUGUUGCUUAAUUACAUGUAUUGUAUUAAUCAGCUUGUUCACUCCAAAUUAAUAAUUUAUAAAAGAUUUCCUUCC